AUGGCUUUGCUACUGUGUACCUGAGCCUGCCUGACCCUCUUGCCCCCAUAUACCCAGGCCCUGGAUCUCAGCGUUCCGCUCAUGGAUGUGGGGGAGACUGCUAUGGUCACUGCUGAUUCCAAGUACUGCUAUGGCCCCCAGGGCAGCAGGAGCCCAUACAUCCCCCCACACGCGGCCCUGUGCCUGGAGGUGACCCUGAAGACUGCCGUGGAUGGGCCUGACCUGGAAAUGCUCACAGGGCAGGAGCGUGUGGCUCUGGCCAACCGGAAGCGGGAGUGUGGCAAUGCCCACUACCAGCGGGCCGACUUCGUGUUGGCUGCCAAUUCCUACGAUCUCGCCAUCAAGGCCAUCACCUCUAGCGCCAAAGUGGACAUGACGUUCGAGGAGGAGGAGCAGCUCCUGCAGCUGAAGGUGAAAUGUCUGAACAACCUGGCAGCCUCACAGCUGAAGCUGGACCACUACCGCGCGGCGCUGCGCUCCUGCAGCCUCGUGCUGGAGCACCAGCCCGACAACAUCAAGGCGCUCUUCCGCAAGGGAAAGGUGCUGGCCCAGCAAGGGGAGUACAGUGAGGCCAUUCCUAUUCUGAGGGCAGCCCUGAAGCUGGAACCUUCCAACAAGACGAUCCACGCAGAGCUUUCCAAACUGGUGAAAAAGCAUGCGGCCCAGAGGAGCACAGAGACCGCCCUGUACCGGAAAAUGCUGGGCAACCCCAGCCGGCUGCCUGCCAAGUGUCCUGGCAAGGGUGCCUGGUCCAUCCCCUGGAAGUGGCUGUUUGGGGCGACUGCUGUUGCCCUGGGGGGCGUGGCUCUUUCUGUGGUCAUCGCUGCCAGGAACUGACCACCCAGGUGGCCACCACCCCCUCGCACACCACGGACCCAACCCCACACUCCCUAACUUCCCCAGGCUCCCUAUCCACUGCCCUGUCUGAUCUAGCCCCCUCCUCUGGGGCGGGAGCAGUGAGGUGUGGGGGCCACAUGGCCCCAGUGAGCCAGGAGGGACUAUGGCCCUAUAGGAGGAAAGUGAGGCAGGGCCCGGGCUCCAUGUCCAGCCCGGAGGGAGGGGGCCCUCAUUCCUCCAGACCCAAUUCCCAUUCCCACCCCCACCCCCUUGGGUUAGGUCUCAACAGAGGCCGGCCUCAGUUUCUCCUUCCCAACAGGCCUGGGGGCAGCCCUUCCCCAACCCAGUCCUUGUCCAAGCGUCAUCCCCCACCCACACUGCCUGCUGCCCUCUGUCCAGGUUCUCUCUCCCUCCCCUCCAGUGAAAUAAAGCCUCCUACCCCGCA